GGUCAUUUUAAACUGGACAAUGUUAGUUUGAGAUGGACAAGAAUACAUAUUGCGUAGUUAUGUACAGACUGGAACGAAUUUCGAUUAUUUCUGCGUGAAUUUUGUCUCAUCACCACUUUCCAACCGGCUCCAAGCAUCACGCGAUCACUACACACUACACACUCCUGCUCCAGCGUUCGCAUCCAGGUGUUAAAAUGGCCAACAUUGCAAAACUGUUUACUGUGCGUGCACAAACCUUGGUCCAGGCUGCCGCUCGUCAGCCACAAGUGGCGGCUCGUUUCAGCAGCACCUCUACUGGCAACUGGGAAUUUAUUAAGACCGAAGUGGCUGGAGAGAAGAAAAAUGUUGCUGUUAUCACAUUGAACCGCCCCAAGGCAUUGAAUGCUCUGUGUAAUGGCCUCAUGAAGGAGCUGUCCACAGCUCUGAAAGGAUAUGGCAAGGACAGCAAAAUCGCAGCCAUUGUUCUAACUGGCAGCGAGAAGGCUUUUGCCGCUGGCGCUGACAUCAAGGAGAUGGCACCCAACACAUAUUCGCAGUGCAUUCAGGGCAACUUCCUCAACGACUGGACUGAGGUGGCACGAACCCAGAAGCCAAUCAUUGCUGCUGUCAAUGGUUACGCCCUUGGCGGUGGCUGCGAACUGGCCAUGAUGUGCGACAUCAUCUACGCGGGCGAGAAGGCCAAGUUUGGUCAGCCAGAAAUUGCGUUGGGCACCAUUCCCGGUGCUGGUGGCACUCAGCGCCUGACCCGCGUGGUUGGCAAGUCUAAGGCUAUGGAAAUGUGCUUGACCGGCAACAUGAUAAACGCCCAAGAGGCCGAGAAAGUUGGCCUGGUCAGCAAGGUCGUGCCAGCCGAUCAGCUGCUCGGCGAGGCAAUCAAAUUGGGCGAGAAAAUCGGCACACACUCGAAUUUGAUUGUGCAACUUUGCAAGGAAUCGGUCAACACUGCCUACGAAACCACCCUGCAAGAGGGUCUCAAGUUCGAGCGUCGCACCUUCCACGCCACAUUCUCUACGGCCGAUCGCAAGGAGGGCAUGCAAGCCUUUGUAGAGAAGCGCCCAGCCAAUUUCAUCAGCGAAUAGAUUGGGAACUUACAUUACUCAAUUAAAAACCAGCAAUGCAUUUAUGAAGUCUAUCCUGUUGUUUACACGCAAAUAAAAUACACGUUAAAUAAUUAUUAA